AUGGCAAGUGAGGAAGAGAGUUUUCUUGUCUUAGUGCAUUGUUCUGGGAAAAUUCAAAGAAACAAAAAAUAUGGUGUGAAGUUUACUAACAGAGAAUCGUUGAGUGUAUUUAUCAGUUCAUCAAGCACUUUGUCAGAUGUAAAGAACAACAUCUUGCAUAAGCUUGGGGUAUUUGGGAGCAAGUGGGUGAAGAAGCUAUUUUACAAGAUUUCCAUCGCAGUUGUGCCGACCGGUGUUAAGUAUGAUACGUUUGUGAUAGCGGCCGAUGAAGAUAUUCGGGUUCUAUUUCACUGUGUUAGGAGUUUUUCGAAGGUCAGAAUACACGAGCUGUAUGCGAAGUUGGAGGUUGAUGUCGAUAGUUCUGGGACAUCAGCUCCAGUUCAUAGCUCGACUGCCGCGGAUGGUGCGUCUAGUUCGAUGCCUGCGGCCGGACCAUUUGUUCCGCAGGUUGCAUCCCCUUCCUUUGCAGCUGAUUUAGAUCGAACGGAGGCAGUUGUUUCUGUAUCGUUGGAGAAUCUUGGGGUCUGGCAGCAGGCAUUUGAGGUGGACACCGGUGGUAGCAUGAUUCAUUAUCUUCAAGAGUUUGGAAAACCUGAUCGACAGUACUCUCCACACUUCUCCACUCUAAACUUGGAGGCUAUUGGUCAACAGGCAGACGGAGGUGCUAUAAUUGGGGGUUCUUCUACAGAAUUUCAGAUUGGACAAUCAUUCCAUAAUAAAGAUGAAGUUGUUCUGAGUGUGAAAGACUAUAGCUUCCGUCGAGGUGUUGAGUACAGAGUCCUGGAAUCAGAUCAUCUGAAGUAUCAUGGAAAAUGCAAGGAGUUCGGCAAGGGUUGUAGUUGGUUGAUUCGCAUAUCGCUUCGUUCACGAAAGGGCACUUGGGAGGUUAGGAGAUAUAACGGUCCGCACACUUGCUUAGCCACCUCUAUUUCCAGUGAUCACCGGCAGUUUGGUUACCACGUUAUCUGUGCUAGAAUUUAUUUGUUGGUCAGGGCGGAUGCUGCGGUUACGGUAAAGGUCGCCGCAAAAUAUAUCAGGCUAGUGACCGCCGUCCAUAGCCUACGGUGCUCAUCAACAAGUAUCUCCGGAUGA